AUGAAUAUUAUUGUUCAUCGUUUUAAAUCGUGUAAAUGGCUCUCAGAUGGUGAUUGUCGUGUUUCGUUCGAUAGUCGAUCUGGAAAAAUUGGAAUUAUUUAUCGACCGAUACAAUUGGCAUUUAUAAAUCGAAUGAAAGAAUUAAUAUUAAAAUAUACGAAUGAAAAAAGUUCAGCGCCGUAUAAUCAACAACAACAACAACAACAACAGAAUUCCUCACUUUAUUCUUUGGAUGAUACAUUAUCAGUGCUAGGAAAUUCAGUUUAUGAUCUUAAUGCAACUAAAGAAAAUUCCUCAUCUUAUCAUGCUCAAAUGUUAUCGUCUCAUUCUGUGAAUGGUAAAACGUUACAACAUGAACGAUUAUUUCAGAAUCUCAAUUCGACAAUACAAAAUUCUUCCUGUUAUAGUCUGCAACAACAACAACAACAACAACAACAACAAUGGCCACAACAAAGAUUGUCAUCAUUAUCUCGAUCUUCGGUUCCAACAUUUUCUUCAUAUUAUGAAAGUUUAUUUCAACAAUUUGACACAAAUCUUCGCCCAUCGAACAUAAAUAUCGAAACUUUUAAUAUCAAACAUAAUGAUACAAGUAUAAUUCAUAAAGAAAGUAUGUUUAAUUUCAUCAGCAAUUAUUCUUUAUUAUGUUUAAAGCAGAAAUGGAAUCUGCGACGGAGUUCUCACAAGAUCUCGCGGUGAGAAAAAUUCUUUUGUUCGCGGAACGAGUAUGGAUCGAUCUGAAAACUAGCGAGUUGAAGUUCAACUUUUUUUUCGGCUGCAAAUAUAAUGAUUAUUCGUUGAUAAACGAAUCUAAACUUAUGAACAUUAUCGUCGGCUGUUCUGUAGCAAAACAAACAUGAAAUUAUGGAUUUCUUUGUGUGUAUUAGUAUAACUGUUUUGAAAGAAAACAUGACGUUUCGUAAGCGAGAAAGUUUAGGAAUAGCGAUCGAUAUCCAAGGGGAAAAACACUGGCACAUAAAGCGAUUUUGAGAGUAUUCAAAAUUUCUUCACCGCGGAUGAGAUGGGGGACAGAUUUUAAAAAAAUGAUCCCGGUGUGUCUCUGGUUGAAAAGUUAGAAUAGAAGAUUUUUUCAAAAUAUAUUUUGUAAUGUACAGAUGAUAGAAUAAAUCUAACUUGUGAAUUUAUAUAUUACAAAUAAUUGAACUAAUUGAAGUUAUUAUUCGUGAGCUUUCAAAUCUACUAAUUCAUUAUCAAAAAUUUGAUGUACAAUAAAAAUUAAAGGAUGUUGAUAAAACGUAGCUUUUCAAAACAGAUACAAAUCCAUAUUUUACAAUGUAUCUGUUUUAAUCAAUUAAAAAGUAUCUCUUUUGAGAAACGAAUAUUUUGGCAAGAAAUUGCGUUUCUCAAACAGGAUACAUUAUUUUUCAUUUCUAUAUUCAAAAUAAAAAUCAAAUUAAAUAAGUGGUUGAAGCAAUCAAGGUUAUCUUAAGGGGGAAUCCGUCUCCCCCCUUUUUAUUUCGAAAUGUUGUACAGUUCGAUGGAUCACGCCAGAAUAACCCUCCCACAAACGUAAAAAAAGUGAUCAAAAUUGAGUUGCAAAAUUUUUUUUUUGCCAUGGGUUUUUGCUGGAAAAUGAAAAAGUAUUUUGAAAAAGACCUUGCCAAAAAUGCUGCAAAAACAGUGCAUGAUGGAAAAUAACUUCUGCAACAAUAAAUGUACGCAAUGGCCGAUUGUGAGAGUAACGUUGUCUGAUUUUUCAAAAUUUUCUUUCAUAUGUUUUAAAUUUAAUUUCUUUUAAAAUUUUCCCAUUAACUGUGAAAAAUAGACCACGUCACUCUUGCAGCCGGCCAUUGCGCACAAUUUUUGUAAGUAGAAUUUGACUCCAGCGUACAUUGUUAUUGCAGGAUCUUUGACAAGAGUUUUACACUACAGUAAAUGGGUAGCCCCUCGUAUCAAACUAUGUCAGUUUGAAAAGGGCGAUUGUGUUUGAAUUUGAUGGAUUGUAACAUGAUGACUAGAUACCCCAAAGUGUUCUAUACAAUUCUACACAAGACCAACUUUUCUAUCUGUUGUAGUUCUCAAAUGGCAGGCAUUUUACUUGACUAAAUGGUAACAAAUUUUGGGUGACUCAGGAAAAUGUCUGCCAUUCGAGAACCACAACACAUAGUGAGGUCGACUUUGCGGAGAAUUGUAGAGAACACCUUGGGCUAUCUAGUCACCAUGUUGAAAUUAAAAGUCCACCGCAGAUUCAGAAUCUGACAACCUCAUCGCUUUUCAUCCGUCACGUACACCGAAAAACCAAGACUUUUUAGCACCAGAUAUAUGUGAGAUGGAGUAAAGCCUUCUCUACAAAAUGCUGAAAACCUGAGCUUUCUGUCUCCUUUUGUUCUCGAGUUACUCAAAAAAAAGAUCCAUGUAUGUUGAGAAAUCCAUAGUAGAAACCCCAUUUGCCUAAAAUCGAGUACAAAUAAUUGCUUGUCGGUAAUAUUUUGAAAAGGCAAAUACAGAGGUUUGUAGCACUAAUAUCCGAACCAUGAGUUUUCUUAAACACUUCUGAAAUACUUGUUUUUAUUUAUACUUUGAUGUCCAAAACGAUUUUUUUUGAAUAAUAUGGCAGAAGCGCUUUUUUGACUUCACUUUCGUACAAAAUACAUGAUAAAUUUUUGAAGAGUAAGACAACGUUGCUUUGAGCAGUAUUAUUUAUAAACAUUUCGAAACAACAGUUGACGUUUACGAUUUACAAACAGUUGAGAAAUUAACUUCUCUUUGAAAAAUAAGUUUUUUUUUUAUAUAAGUACUAAUUCGCACUUAAGAUAAUCUUGAUUGCUUCUAUCUCUUAUUUAAUUUAAUUUUUAUUUUGAAUAUAGAAAUAGGAGAUAAUAUAUCUAUAAUUGUAUCUCUUUUGAGAAAGGCAAUUUCUUGCCUAAAAAAAAAUUGAAAAAAUGAACUUUCUUUUGAACUUUUUCCAUGUAUUCUAGUGAAUUUCAGUAGGCUUAAUGUAGAUAAAAAACGAGAUGCGUUUUGUCAAUAGAAAUGUCUCUUUUGCAAAUGAGUUCUUUUAAUUUUUUGGCAUGAAUUUUAAAAUUUCAUUCACUGAAUUUCAACAGAGUUUGCCUAUUCUGACGUACAUUUGUGUCACUAUAGCAGAUGCACUUCUCUCACAGUCCACAUACCAAAAGGAUGAGAGUCAAAGGUCAGAUAGUUUGGAAGAUAUCAAAAGAAAUAUUUUUCAAAAACUCGUGGAACAUUUAGUAUGAAAGUAACGAUUUUUAAAAAUGUUUUGCUCCUUUCAAACGAGAGACAAACUUAAACUAAUCUCGUUUUUUUAUCAAAAUGUUACUCAAACUGCCAGCUAUCUUUUUCAUAUUCUCGAUCGGUAUAAGUCAGGUAUGGACUGAGCUACAUCGCGGUGAUUCUGGCAGGACAAAAAGAAAACACUGUUUAGUCUGCGACGCGAUUGUUAGUGCGAAUUCACCUAGAAACUGUGGAUGAAUUGGGAAUUCAUUCAUUUACUUUAAAAGUUCUGUAUGUCUACUACAAGUUGCUCACAAAAAGUAAGAUGAGAUAAUGUUUCGUGGACGUGAAAUUAAAUGAGCUCGGAAAGAAGAGAUAUUUGAGCUCGGUGUACUUAAUUGGCUUUAAAAUGAGAGAAAUGAGCUCGGUUGUAAUAAAAUUAUAUUUUUUUAUAUAAAUGAGAGUUUUGAGCUCGGAAAUAUAUUUAAACUCUGAAA